AUGAAAGAGGGCAUCUAUCCGAGAGCACUUUACACCUGGGAGAGGAGGGGCAGAUUGGACGGGCGGGCGCGACUGGGUUCCAUCGCCGCCUGGCCCCAAGCGCGCCUGGAUCCGGGUGGGAGGAAAGGAAGUGCGGCCCCCGCCCCGAAGUCCCCUCGCCCUUCUGCCUUACGCACCUAUUGGCGACGGUGCGUCUGUCAUGUCCCCGCCCACCGCACGACCCAGGCGAACCUCCAGCGCCGCGAGACGGUCGAGCACGUCUUGCAGCAUGGAUUCAGUAUUAGUCUGUUCCUCCGCCUCGGCCCGGGACGUCUAAUACCCCCCACGAUCGCGCGCAGCUGCUGGAAAGGCGGCCACUGCCCCCUCGUCGCCCUUGGCGCCUUAUCACACUCCCUUCCCCGGAGCUGGAAGCAGCGCGGGCAGCCGGCGCCCCAGUGCAAACUGGGGGUGUCUGCUGCAUUAGCCCCCGCCGCCGCCGCCGCCGUGGCCCCAUCAACAUCUGGCUAUCGAGCCUGCGGGGAAAGGUCCCGAGCGUCCCGGGGGCGCCCGCAGGCGUCGGGCUCAGUCUGCGGGCGCUACUCCUACACUCCAGAACCUCGAGCUGCUCGGUGCAAAACUUUCACGCCUCUCAUCCAGUACGGCUGCUCUAGCCAGCUGCAGUUCUUCCUUUGUUCAGUUUAUGUGCCAAUGUGCACAGAGAAGAUCAACAUCCCCAUCGGCCCAUGCGGCGGCAUGUGUCUUUCAGUCAAGAGACGCUGUGAACCCGUGCUGAAGGAAUUUGGAUUUGCCUGGCCUGAGAGCCUGAACUGCAGCAAAUUCCCACCACAGAACGACCACAACCACAUGUGCAUGGAAGGGCCAGGUGAUGAAGAGGUGCCCUUACCUCACAAGACCCCCAUCCAGCCUGGGGAAGAGUGUCACUCAGUGGGAACCAAUUCCGAUCAGUACAUCUGGGUGAAAAGGAGCCUGACCUGUGUUCUCAAGUGUGGCUACGAUGCUGGCUUAUACAGCCGCUCUGCCAAAGAGUUCACCGAUAUUUGGAUAGCAGUGUGGGCCAGCCUCUGCUUCAUCUCCACUGCCUUUACUGUCCUUACCUUCCUAGUCGAUUCUUCCAGGUUUUCCUAUCCUGAGCGCCCCAUCAUAUUCCUCAGUAUGUGCUAUAAUAUUUAUAGCAUUGCUUAUAUUGUCAGGCUGACUGUAGGCCGGGAAAGGAUAUCCUGCGAUUUUGAAGAGGCAGCAGAACCCGUUCUCAUCCAAGAAGGACUUAAGAACACAGGAUGUGCAAUCAUUUUCUUGCUGAUGUACUUUUUUGGAAUGGCUAGCUCCAUUUGGUGGGUUAUUCUGACACUCACUUGGUUUUUGGCAGCAGGCCUCAAAUGGGGUCAUGAAGCCAUUGAAAUGCACAGCUCUUACUUUCACAUUGCAGCCUGGGCCAUCCCUGCAGUGAAAACCAUUGUCAUCUUGAUCAUGAGACUGGUGGAUGCAGAUGAACUGACUGGCCUGUGCUAUGUUGGGAACCAAAACCUCGAUGCCCUCACUGGCUUUGUGGUGGCUCCCCUCUUCACGUAUUUGGUGAUUGGAACUUUAUUCAUUGCUGCAGGUUUGGUGGCCUUAUUCAAAAUUCGGUCAAAUCUUCAAAAGGAUGGGACAAAGACAGACAAGUUGGAAAGGCUGAUGGUGAAGAUUGGAGUCUUCUCAGUACUGUACACAGUUCCUGCAACCUGUGUGAUUGCCUGUUACUUCUAUGAAAUCUCCAACUGGGCUCUCUUUCGAUAUUCUGCAGAUGACUCUAAUAUGGCAGUUGAGAUGUUGAAAAUUUUUAUGUCUUUGCUUGUGGGCAUUACUUCAGGCAUGUGGAUUUGGUCUGCCAAAACGCUUCACACCUGGCAGAAAUGUUCCAACAGAUUGGUGAAUUCUGGGAAGGUAAAGAGAGAGAAGAGAGGGAAUGGUUGGGUAAAGGCUGGGAAAGACAAUGAAACUGUGGUGUGAAGCUAGCUAGCCUCCACACUUUCCUCAUUUCGAAGGAGGGGAAUAGCACAUUUCUGUGGAAAUGCUGCUCCGAGUUUUAUGCAGUGAAUCUCAGUUUGAACAAGCACUUCCACCUACCACCCUCACCCGCACCCUAGCUUCAUAAAACCAAUGAUUUUGCUGCAGACUUUGGAAUGAUCCAAAAUGGAAAAGCCAGUUAGAGGCUUUCAAAGCUGUGAAAAAUCAAAAUGUUGAUCACUUUAGCAGGUCGCAGCUUGGAGAGUGGAGGUCCUGCCUAGAUUCCAGGGCGAUGCUGUUUUUUUUUUUUUCCCAAUAAGGUGGGAUCUGAGCUGUGAGCUGGUAACUAACUUGCAGGGAGAAAGAUUAAUUUUUUUUUUUAGCCAUUCUAAAUUUUAAAUACUAACUGGGUCUUGCAGAUAGCAAAGCGAUCUAUAAACACUGGAAAUGCUGGGUUCAGAGAAGUGUUACAAGAGUUUUAUAGUUUGGCUGAUCUAACAUAAACAUCUUCUGUGGUGCACUGUCUGCUGUUUAGAACUUUGUGGAUUGCACUCCCAAGAGGUGGUGUCAAAAUCUUUCAGUGCCUUUGUCAUAAAACAGAAUUGUUUGAACAAACAAAGUACUGUAUUAACACACAUAAGAUGUCCAGUGGAUUUUUCUUCUUUCUCCUCCUCUCUUAAAUUUCAACUUCCUUGUCUUAGGCUGCUGCUGUUUUCUUCAUUUACCCUAACGAUCCAGAAGAGGUCUUUUUAUAGGAAUUUUUUGCACCACAGUAUGCCUAAUGAGGGAAAAAGGAAAGGUGAUUCACUUUCUGACAAUCACUUAAUUCAGAGGCAAAUGAGAUUUACUAAGUUGACUUACCUUACCCACCCCAGAGACCUAUUGCGUGAAGCAGUUGGGACUUAAUGUAUUUUACUUUGUGUGAUUGCAUCUACGCAGACGCCAGUCUGGAAGAGCUGAAAUGUUAAAUUUCUUGGCAACUUUGCAUUCACACAGAUUAACUGUGUAAUUUGUGUGUGUCAAUUACAAUUAAAAGCACAUUCUUGGACCAUGACAUAGAAUACUCAACUGACUUUAAAACUAUGGUCAGCUUGCAUUCUUAGAGUGAUAGUGCCUUUUUCCCCCAGCAUGAGAAUGUUAUCAGAAUCUAGUCUACUUACCACAGUGGAGACUUAUUUAAUUUUGUAAAGCAAACUAAGGACAGUUAAUCCAACUACUUGGUGUAUAAUUGUUCCCUGUAAUUGGCAAAGGCUCCUUGUAAGAUUUCAUUGGAGGCAGUGUGGCCUGGAGUAUUUAUGUGGUGCUUAAUGAAUCUCCAGAAUGCCAGCCAGGAGCUGGAUUGGUUAGCAGGGAAUAAAGUGUAGACCAUAUGAAAUGAACUGCAAACUCUAACAGUACAGGUCUUAAUUACCUUUAGCGGAGGUAUCCAAAGCUUUUAAAAUUUAUGCUUUAAGUUCCUCUCAAGGGGGUACCCACUAGCAGCCUAUCAAAAGUUGGAGUUCUUUUAAAAUUAUAACUGGUCUUUCUUUUAACUUGCUUUAGGCCUUCUAAUCACCAAAUCUCCAGGAUAAAUUGUUCAUGUCACAGGUUGCCCUCCUUAUAAUUCAUACCUGUCUCUGCUUCAGCAACUAUGUUUCAAUGUCUCAUUAUGUAUUAAUUCAUGCUUUUAAAAAAAUAAGCAAGCUCUUUUUCUCCCCAUCACACUUUGUGGAGAAACAUUUCCAAGGAUGAAAAAUUCCAAAUAGGUGAUCAAAUUCUAGAGAAAAGAAUGUCUUUUUAUUUUUCUUGGUUUGAGCUUUAUGCCAGUGAUUCUUUCCUCUUUGUUUUUGCGGGUUAUUGAGAUCAAGAAGCAUAUAAGGUCCACUGUGUGUGUGAUUGGAAGGGACCAUCGUGGGUCUUUUGAGAUAGAAGCUACAUGGGCCUGGUGGCCCCUGCUGCUUUGUGCGGUCUGAGCACCUAGCUGGACUUGGGUGAGGGCUCCAGGAGCAUGAGAACUGAUCCCUGGAAGGGCCGGUUUGACUCCAUCUGAGACCGUAUUGCCUACGACAUGUAAAAUGUGAACUCCCUGUGCUGCUUGCAGACAGUUCCCAUAACUGGCCAAGGUUCUGGAGCAUGCACCCAGGGACAGAGGCUGCCCUUACUCACGCUCUGCUCUGGUGUCUUGGGAGUUGUGCAGAGACUUUGGCCCAGGAAAGGGAAGGAGGACCAUGCAGUAGGGGGGCUGGCGGCUGUUGCUGUUGGAGUGUAGGCACUCGUGAUGCGAUUUUCUUUGUAAUGCUUCAGUGAUUGUGUGACCAAGGCAGCACCUAGCAGAGGGCUGGGCAAGGCAGAGUGUUCAAUAUCUGUAAAUGAUAAAGUAAUAAUUAUAGCCAUAACAGAGCACUUGGGUGAACGUGGACACCUGAGUUCUGGAGCUAGUGCCCUGACAACUUCUGGGGGUUGACUGUCUGCUGCAUCAAUCUCCUGCCUUUUCAGAGGAAAGUACAUUUGAGCAGAAGUGGAUGUCAGUACAAACUGGAUUAGUAGCCUUAGCAAUGUCACAGGGUUAUAGGCUUUUCCUUUCACAUUGCAGACAAUGGAGAGUGUUUACGGUUUCAGGAAAAAACUGUGGUGAAGGAGUCAGUUACCAAUGACCUUCAAGCAAUUCCAUCACCUCUUGGAUUGGUAUUUGUUUCAAAAAAACCAGAAGUCAGUUUUCACCACAUUUAUCACGUGCCAACUGUGUGUAAAGGCCCAUGUUAGGCACCAUAGGGCUGCCAUGGAGAUAAGCUCUGGUUUUCUAGUGCGCUUGGGUCCACUGGACUUCACUGUUGUGAAGAGCAGGGGCCUCUAGAUUCAUAUCUGUUCACUAUCUCUUUCCCACAAACCUCUUCCUAGGUCUCUCUACCUUUAGCAGAUCUCUCUUUCCGCAGGAUGCUUUACAAAUCAGUUACAGCAGCUUUGACAGAAAGCAUCAGGGACAAUCUGCAUAGAAAUGCCCUAGGAAGACAGACUAGGCUUUAAGGAAAUGGUUCCACAUCUUCUAUGGCUUUGGAGGCAGGCAAGUCAGGGUUUGAGGCUCCAGGCAGCUUAUAUAGGUAUAUUUAAGGAGAAUGUCUUGCUAAGGGAAAUGUUAGGUUUAUUUUUCUUUCUUUGAAAUCUAGAAUAAGUAGAUAUGAUUGUAGUUUUCUACAAAAAUCCCUUGGCUUCUGGAGAUUUUAGCACACAGGGCCAAGGACACCUCUGUCCAACCUCUCUGGCAGACACCUUUAUCUUGUUUUAUGAAGGCCAAACCUCAGGACAAGCAGAGGAACGUGGAGUAGGGUGGAACAGGCCAGAACUAUCUGGUUGAGCUACUUGCUUGAUUCAUAUCCUUCUUCCUUUAUGGAGACCCAUUUCCUGAUCGCCGAGACUGCUUCUGAGCUGGCAUCUUGCCCAGGCCCUGAAACUAGACACUUCAUUUCAAAGAUGCUCUCUGACUUUCCUUCCCCAGUCUCUCUCCACCUGCACUCCCCAAACCUAGAACCUGGGAAACUUAAAUUCUGAAUUCUGGUUCUAUCCAGCACCCACAGCUCUGAACUCUCUGCCCUCCUGGCCUUCUGGUUUUAGAAUUAAGUUUUAUUUGUGUUGAGAACCAAGCUGGCACCUGAGGAUGCAAAGAUGAGCCCAACAUCCUCAGCCCUGCAGGGACUGGUUCAAUUUAGAGAUGUUUCACCAGGAUGGCUUCUGGUGAGGCAGCUACAGCAGCAGUUAGGAAAGGGAGCCACAGAGCACAAGACUUUGGGAGGAGCCUCUUAAAAUCAGUCUUCAUCCUUAAUUUCAUUCUGUGAUGGAAGGAAUUAGAGAUAGUUGUUAUUCCAGCCAAUCAUGUCAAGUCCCUAGACUGUGACAUUUCUCUUUGUUCCUUUACUGUGUUUGAGUUCAGAAUUCCUGGCUGGGUUUGCAUUAUGUCUGGCAAAGGCCCUGGGUUAUCGUUUUUCCUCCAUGGCUAGGUCACAGAUCUUAGAAACUCCUAAAAGAGCAUUUUGCUCCUACCAAGGAUCAGAUGCUAGAGGCUUAAAUAAUAGGUUCUGUUUCACUGUAGCCUGGAUGGAGCUCUCUAUGACUGCUUGUUGCCAUGCAGUUAUGGCACGCUUGACAGUACCAGGAGGGUGCUGUCAUCUUCUGACAUGACUCUUCCCCUGGUAAGCCCAGUUGCCCCAGUAGUAGCUUGUUGCUAUUUCUGCCUUACCUUAUUUCCUCUCUUGGCACCAGCAAAUUCCUAGUAUUCACCCAGGCAAUUUGUAGAGGGCCUUUUUGGGGUCCCAUAUGAGCCAUGUCCCCAAAGCUUUUGUACCUUCUUGAUUGCCUGCAAUAUUCAGUACAUGACCACUGUCAUCCUAGAAAGCUUCUGAGAGGAGGGGCAAGAGCAGCUCUGCCCCACAAAAGUUGGGUCCAACUUCCUUCCAUGGUUGUGCAAAUUUUCCAAAUCCUGUUAAUAGGCUCAGGCCCUGACUUGGCUGUGAGCACUGGAAGGGGAAAGCUGCUUUCUAGAUCUCUCCCAGUGGGGUGUCUAGGUGGUUCUGAAUUUCUUCUACCUCACAGGGGUGUUGUGAGGCUUCAGAAGAUGUAGGGAUGAAGGCCCCUUGAGUUCUUCAUGAGAAUGGCGGACUAAUUAUCAGGUGCAAUCUGCAAAAAAGAUAAAACACAAGUCAACCUACUCUGUGCAACAGUUAAGUUUGUUGUUCUGUUGCCUUUUCUUGGGUCCUCAUGCCAUCCCACGGCUCCAGAGCCUGGAGGGCAACCUGGAGACUUUGAGAAGUCUGACAUGGAGGUACCAAGCAAACUCCUACUACACAUACCCUGAAUGAAUUGCUAAAUUGCAAAGGAAAUGGACCCUACUUUUAAGGAUGUACUAAAGUAUGUCUGCAUUGAUGUCUGUACUGUAAAUUUCUAAUUUAUCAACUGUACAAAAAAAAAGCCUUGC